AUGUAUACGCUUCUACCGCCACCCGAGAUGCAUCCCAUCGAGCCCGCAAACCUCGAUUGGCACAUGGAAGUCUACACACCCCUAGAUACCUAUGAAAUCCAUCUCCAGCCAGGCUACACCAUCGCAGAGCAUUUCACAACGAUUGGCAAAGACUUGAGCCCACACAUCAAACGCCGUUGGGACGAUCCUGAGGACUUUGAAGAUGUUAGUUUCACCAUUUAUUUGCCUGAUCAAGCGGAUUUGGAUUUGAUUCGCAGGGAUUCUGGGGUUGGUCUUGUGGCUCAGUUUGCUGAGUAUCAAGCUGUUAAUGAUCCGAUGGUGGAAAGUGAACCACCGAAAGCCAUCACACACGAUGAACUGUAA